AUGUCUUCAAAUUUUUAAAUAUAUGAAAAAGUUAAUGAUUAUGAUUUUUUACCUGAAAACGCUUAAAAAUUUAAAGACCCAAGAGAGUUUACUAAUGUUUUAUUUAAAAGAAUGAGUUACCAUUUUGAAGAUGGUAAUGGUAAAAUAAACGACUUUAUCAUAGCGCAAAGCUUUUCAAAAAAUAAUGCACUAAUCAACUAAAACUUGAAUUUAAAGUACCAUUCCUAAAAGAUGAAUUUAAGAUAAUCAGUUGACAAGAAAGAUGAUGAGUUUAAAGAUGUCAUUCGUAAAAAAAGUACAAUUGAAGCUGAGGAAAAUUGGCUAGCUAAAUAGUAAAAUCCUCAAGAUUCAAUGGCUCAAUAUGAUUACACAAUUAAAAAUGAUUGCAAAACUUCAUUAGAAAAACUAGAAGAAUUAAAAACAAAUCAAAUAAAAAUUUUGAAUUCUGGUUUGAGGAAUAAGUCCCCAUAAAUAGAAGAUACUCUUUUAUACUAGAAGGGUACCUAAUAUCAAUAAUAAGAAAAUAUAACCUCAUAUCAGCCAUAUAAAAUUAAGCAAAACACUAACGAUUUCUAAGUAGUAGUUAGGAGUAAUUCAAAAGAUAAAACAGGGAAAUCUUCUCUCAAUCAGAGCUACAUUGGACGCAAAAAAUAUCCAAUUAUUCCUAGCUUUGAGAGGUAAACAGAGACGUCUUAAUUAAAAGUGAGAAAUAACUAGUAGUAUGAGAUUUUUGAAAACAUAGAAAAUGCUAUCUUGAGCAGACCUUAAUCAGCUUUUCAUAAUUGUUAGAAAUUGCAAAAAAUGUAUAAUACUUAAAAUAGACAAUAAUUAUUAAUUUAAUAGAAUUAAAGAAAUGAUGAUUUAAAGCAAAAAACUAAAAGACUAAGCUAAAGUAAUAAUGCUAGUUAUAUAAGUGAAAAGGGUUCGUUCCUUUCAACUUAUAAUAAUACCUAAGAAACUGUGAUGGAUUACUAUAACUUUACAUCAAACAACAUUUAAAAUGAAAAAAUAAAAUAGAGAAAGAGGAAAUAAAACCCUGAAGAAGUUAGCCCAUACUAAAAGCAUAAAUUUCAUAAGGUUUGCCAAAAAAUAUAAAAUAUAAAUUCUUUAGAUCAUUAUAUGAAAAUGACUCAAGAAGAGAUUGAUUAGCUUGGCAAAUCUGUAGUUAGCGAAGAGUAAAAACAGUAAAAUACAAAUGAAAGAAUGAUAAAAAAAUUAAAUAAGUCAAAUAUUGAAAUUCUAAAGCAGCAACAGCAUGAUCAACUCCUAAAAAUUGUAGACAUAUUUUAAGAUACUAAGAAUAGUUUUUAGCUUAAUACGAUUUAAAAAGACUCAAGCGUCAACCAAAAUAAAUCAGUACUAGUUUCUACUGCUUAAUCAAUAUAUUAAAACAAAAGCCACUCCCUUACCCCAAAUUCUCAAAAUAAAAACAUCAGAAAUGUAUCUUCGUAAAACUAAGCAUAUACACCGUCCACAUUAAAAAGAAAACUAAUAGCAAAUAAAUACGAUGAAAACUUAGAUUAUUCACCAUUUUAUGUCAAGGAUAAAGUAUUUUCCAUAAAUUCACCAAACAGAAGAAGUUAAAACUAAUCUCCUUAGUCAUCAGAAUUUUCCUACAAUAGUUAAAAUCAAAUCUUAGAUUAAUAAAAAGGGAAAUAACCAAAUGAAGAUGACGAAGAAGGUUUUAGCUAGUACAUUCAAAAUUUAGAAGGCACAGAUUUAUUUAUGAAUGCAAACUCAGAAGAACAGCUUAAUGCAAAGCUUAAAGUACUUCACUUAAAGUAAUCUUACUAUAAAAUGAAAAACACAAAAACUAUUACUGAUCAAAGCCAAAUUUACUUUGGAAAAAAAAGUAAUGAGCAAGGAAAAAUUUCCUUAGGUUUAGAAUAGAAAAUUAAGCUUUUUAAAUACUUAGAAGAUGACGAUGAUAUCAAGAUUCAUUUCUAAAAACCAAAAAAGUAUGUAAGAAAGUAAGUAGUAGUUAGUAACAAAUAAAAGUAAAAAGAAAUAUCAUUUGUAUAAGCAGUGAGAGAUUAACAGAAUUAAUUAGGAAUAUAAAGCCUUAAAAUAAAAUUUGGUAAACAAAUAGCAAAACUUUACGAUUUCUUGAAGAAAUGCAUCCGUUUAAAAGUGUGUGUUGAUGAUAUUAUUGAGUAAAAAGUUUUUACUACUGAGCCAUAUGAAAGGCCUGGCUCAUAUGUUUUUUUCAAGAUGGUGAAAUAAAACUAAUUAGAAUAUGUUAAAAAUUAGAUUAAAGAAUGUAGGUGGAAGCUAUUUGAUUUUGAUCAUAUGUUGAUGACACCUCUUCAUAUAUCUAUAAUAAAGGGCUAUAAAGAAAUGGCUUGCUACUUUAUUGAUCAACUCUCAGAUUUAGAAGCUGAAGAUAUUGAUAAUAAAACACCAUUAUGGUAUGCAAUAAAAACUCAAUAAUAUGACAUCGCUAAGUAUCUACUUAUAAAUCAUGCUAUCCCUUGGGCUAAUGAUAAUUUUAAAUAUUAUGAUUUCAUAAAUGAUAUUGAUAUGAGAACUUCACUAAAAGUAGCAAGAUAAAUAUUCUUUUUAAUGAGCUGCACAGCAUACAAAGGAAGAUAAAUUUUAUGGGAAAAGGUUAAAAAUAAGAUACUUGAUCCACUGACUGAUGAAUAAUUAUGA